UUCACAUAAUUGCCGUAAACAUAAAAAAAAUGUUUUUUUUUUAGAUCAAGUAUCACCGUUUUAUACGCUCAUUUUGGUAUGAGACCUGCUAAUUAAAAUCUGUUAAUAAUGUGUAAGUAGGUUAUUAAAGAUUAUAUAUAUCUAUUUAAGUGUUAAUUAGUUGUACGUGUUAGUGGUUCCGCAAAAUUCUACAUCAUAAAAAAUAAGAUUCUACAAAAAGAAAAGAACCAAGCUUAUUCAUUCUAAAGUGGCAGCCCUAAUGUAUUAAUAGUGAGUUUAUCACGAGGUCAACGGUCAGAUGUAUUGACGGCGAGAGAUCCAAUUCUCAUUCGUACAUACGCUAAGCCAACGAUACAACGUACGAUGAAGAUAUUAUUCAGCUGUUUAUUGCUGUACAAUAUUGCAAGAGUCUUAUCGCUCAACCUAGAUUAUUUAGACCCCGUCAAAUUACAAACGAAGACAUCACCAAAAGUUCAAGAAGAUGCAGCUAACCGUAUCAUUAGUAAGUACCUAUCGUAUGUUAAAGUCGUCGUGAAUCCUGUAUUGUUUAACGACCACAAAGAUGUCUUCUCUCUCCGCACUAUCGACGGGACGCUGCAAAUUCGUGCGAGCACUGGAGUCGCGGCAGUUUGGGGCUUCAACUACUACCUCAAGAAGUACUGCAAGAGUCAAAUAGCGUGGCAAGUACAGAGGGUGUCCAUCCCUAAUCCACUACCCGAAGUCGACGAAACUGUGAUAGCGAACGACAGAUUCCGAUAUUAUCAAAACGUUUGCACGGCGUCUUACAGUUUCGUUUGGUGGAACCAAGCCCAAUGGACUGAUCACGUGGAAUGGAUGGCGUUAAAUGGGAUAAACAUUGCGCUCGCACCAGUAGCCCAAGAAGCUGCGUGGGAUAAAGUUUACACGCAAUUGGGUAUGACGAGGGAUGAAAUCAACGACCAUUUCACUGGGCCUUCCUUCCUCGCUUGGCUGAGAAUGGGCAACGUUCACGGCUGGGGCGGGCCGUUGUCCCAGGCGUGGCAUGACCAGCAGAAAGGGAUUCAGGAUUUAAUCGUCGACUACAUGUUCCAACUCGGCAUGGUGCCCGUUUUACCAGCCUUCAACGGUCACGUACCCAAGGCGUUUGAAAGGAUAUUCCCGAACACAACAUUUCACCAAGUGGAAACUUGGAACAAAUUCAACAGCGACUACUGUUGCAACCUAUUCCUCGAUCCGAAAGAGCCGCUAUUCAAAACGCUCGGCACAAUGUUCUUGACACAAGUCACCGGCGGAACCGGAACUGGUCACGUCUAUACAGCGGAUCCGUUCAACGAAAUCAAAAUCGAAAUGUGGUCCACGUGGUUGGUAGAGGAAAGUGCGAAAUCAAUAUUUUCCGCCAUGAAACAAGUCGACCCAAACGCCGUGUGGCUCGUCCAGAACUGGAUGUUCGUCCACAACCCACUACUGUGGCCACUCAGCAGAGUGCAAACUUUCCUCACGUCAGUGCCCAACGGUCGGAUGCUAGUAUUAGAUUUACAAUCUGAACAAUGGCCUCAGUACAAUUUAUAUCAAAUGUAUUAUGGUCAACCGUUUAUUUGGUGUAUGUUGCACAAUUUCGGCGGCACUUUAGGUAUGUUUGGAAGCAUGCAAACUAUCAAUAAGGACGUAUACGAGGCUAGAAAACAGCUGAAUAGUACAAUGAUCGGCACAGGUCUGACUCCCGAAGGAAUAAAUCAAAACUAUGUAGUUUACGAUCUAAUGCUCGAAUCGGCGUGGCGUCCGCGCCCGGUUGAAGAUUUAAACGAAUGGGUGAGCGAUUACGCAGAGAGACGCUACGGGUGCAACGCUACAGCUCGCGGUUGGAGAUAUUUAUUGAAAAGUGUGUACAAUUUUGAAGGUCUCAACAGAAUGAGAGGCAAAUACGUCGUAACCCGUCGGCCGAGCUUCAAAAUUCAACCUUGGGCUUGGUACAACAGCAGCGACCUUUUUAAAGCGUUGAGAACUUUCGUUUUCAUUGAAGAAAACAUAUGUGACUCCGACGGUUACAGACACGAUCUAGUCGACAUAACCAGGCAAGCGUUACAGUACAGAGCCGAGCAGCUGUAUAUCAGUUUACUGAGUGACCGUCGAUCGAACAGCUUGAUAUUUAGCUUUUCCAUAAAUCGCUUUUUCGAUGCUAUGCGAGACAUGGAGAACAUAUUGGCAACGAACAGAGAUUUUACGAUGUCUUACUGGUUACAGUUUUUAAGUAACAUUAGACGGAUGGGAUUAAGUUCCCAAGAUUCCUUUUUGUACGAAAUGAAUGCCCGCAACCAGAUAACGUUGUGGGGACCGAACGGUGAGAUCACCGACUACGCGUGCAAACAGUGGGCGGAGCUAUUCCACUAUUACUACAUACCCAGAUGGUCGACGUUCCUAAACUUGGCUUUGGACGCUAAGAAUAGGAAUGAAACUUUCGACGAGAAGAGUGCACAGAGAGUUGUGAGAUCCUCUGUCGAAGAGAAGUUCCAGACAAUGCAAAUCGACCAACUCCCCAGUAAUGAUACAAGGAUGCUUGCAAUGCAGUUGUACGAGAAAUGGGCCUACGUAUCGGGUCUGGAGGACUUGCCCAAUAGAAUUAUACAACGCGAUCCAGAGAAAACUACGACAUUAGCCGAUACUGACACGGAGGGCGAAGACUAUACAGACUUCACUCCGUCAAUAAUGUACAUGCAUCCUACAACAACGUUUUAAAAUGAAAUGUACUCGAGUAUUUUUUUUUAUUAUAUAAAUAAAAAUUGAUAAUGUUAUGCAG